AUGGCGGCGGCACUCGUUUCAAGUGCUAAGGUCCCUCAGGUCUCCCGGCCAUUGCCCAUAUCUUCCCACUCGCGUCGGCCCAACCCUCCUCCUGAAGCGUCAUCUUCACGGUAUCCUCAACAGGCGCCAGCGCCCGAUGUUUUCACUUCGACAUCAUCCACUUCGGAAACCGCCUCGAGGUCCUUCCAACGCUUCUUCGAGAACAGUUUCCGCACCGCUACACGUUCCAAGAAAGUCCCGACCCCGCCGGUGGAUGAGUUCGCGACGAUAACCGCCAAGGCCAAGAAAGGAAAGGAGAAGGAAAGAGAGAUCCAUAAGAGUGACGAGGCUCCAUCCCACAAAUUGAACGUCUUCCGCAAGGUCACAUUCCGUGGCAAAAGUGGGCAAGAACCUCCAGCAACGUCGAACGAUGGUAGUCAGCGACCCAAGGAGAGAGUUGCUGGGAAAACCAGCUUCAUUACGCCUUCAAUGAGACAGGCAUCAAUGUCAUCACCGGCCCUCCACCUCUCUUCACAAGCUCUGCCUUCGCCCAAGUCCCAAUCAGCUGUGCCUGCUUCGUCUUCUUCUAAUGCUGAUGUUCUCGUCUCUCCAACUCGCCCGAGAACCCGGCGGGUCAGUAUGCAGCCGGCCCCACCGAAGGAGAUUAGUGCACCAUCGCUCCCAUCACCGCGAACUACUGCCCAGGGGCCAACACGACAUCGUUCAUCCAAGUCAGUUCCCGUUGCAAUACCGCCUUCACCCUCGUCACCUUCAUUGCCCUCUACCUCUAGCGAAUCCCCGGUCCCAACCCGAGUUCGCCAUGUCCCCGCCAGUCCUUCUCAUUCCCCUACACCCUACUCGACUUCUCGAGUCACGCCCAUACGUUCACCAUCAAAAACCAGUGGUUCUGCUACUCCACGUGCGUCAAGUCCAGCAUGCGCCUGUUCCCCUUCCAACCGAAUUCGAGUCGCAACACCUUCACGAGGUGGUGCUUCAGCGUCGACAUCUCAUCUUCCGCUGUCAUCGAGUCCGUCCCCAACGCCACGACGUCCAUCUGUCGACUCUCCCCGUCGACAACCUAUCGAGUCACCACGACGUACAUCCGCAGACUACGCACGACGUCCAUCUCUCGAUGUUACUUCCCGUCAGUCCCCAUCACCAUUCCACGGAGAACCCCCUUCCCCCAUCCGACCACGGUCGAGAACUCCCUCCCAGCGUGCUUACUCACAAAACCGCCAUUUCAACAUCUCCGCAGGCUCAUUGCUUCUUCCUAGUAAUCCAGAGCACCGCGACUUGAUUAGGACGGCGACAAGUAUGCUCUGCAAGGAAAUACUGAAGCCGCCACCGCACAUGGCGAAGACGGAUGCCGGUGUGAGGGAUUGGAAGGAGGUUGAAGCUCGAACGGCAGCAUUGGUGCGACUGGAGAGGAUCUGGAGUAGACCCUUUAGUCCUACCACGUCCCAAAGCUCGCCUACUACCGGAGCUGGUGAGGAACGGGAAAGGAAGCUGUUCUGUGACGCUCUCCGAGAUGGAUUCGUUCUAUGCCAGUGGGUAUCAAUUAUCCAAUAUCUUCUCGUCAAUGUAAUCCUAACGCCGUGUGCUAUUAGACUGUUGAACAAGUUGCGGUCGAGUUCUGUAGUCCGCCCUGAUCCGCGCGAAGAUGGAGUCACCAAGUCGUCUAAUGUCACCAAGUUUCUCGCGGGCUGUGCCUCGUAUGGACUUUCAGGCGAAGACCUGUUCCAGCAGGACGACCUCAUCGACGGCAGCAGCGAGUCGCUUGCACGUGUUGCUCAAACGAUCAUCGCACUCAUCAAGUUCGUUGAAUCCCCUGUGCCAUCCAGAUCCAAAUACAUGUCUGGCCAGGGCAAGAGCAAACCCCUUCCCCCGAGUCCGUAUGGCACGUUGUCAAAGUCGUCCAACUCGACGCCCAACCUCCUCUCAACCAACCCCCAAUCUCCAGCAUCUCCCACCAGGAAACGCUGGUCCCCUCCCUCCGACCUUCCACCGUUACGUUCAUAUAGCCCAGGGGAAAAGUCCGUCGAGUCAGUUCAGACGAUACGUGGGGUAGAGGAUGAGGAUUCGAUGGAUGAGGACGGGGAGGAAAUCGAAGUUAAACAGAUGGCCGUACCAAUCAUUAAGAGACCGCCUCCUCCACCAAAAUCUCCUUUACGGAAACAAGCAUCAAAGUCUAAUGACGUCGGUGGACUAUCUGCCUGGUCAAGGGCUACCGCUUCCCCCACGCGAGUUUCGAUCGCAAGUUCGACCCAAGCCACGAUUGGUGACAUAUCUGUCCGGGACUCCAUUCCAAACAUCCGACAGUCCCGACAGUCCAUGGCAUCUAGCGUACUUUCGUCCACUACUUUAUCAACCGCGCCUUCUAGCCUCCUCGACAAUGGUCAAGGGAAUCUUGGCAAUAGGUACGGCACCAUUCGAACGGUGACGACCGAUCUAACCUCCGCUGCUCCCUCCCUGACGCGUGCGGAGGGCAGUUCCAUCUCAGAAACAUUUGCGCGGUCAUCUUCUAUAGAUAUACCCAAGCAUAGAGACAGGAGGAGCGGCGAAGUUCAGAUGACGAGGGUGGCAGAGGAAACGGACGAGAGCAUCUCUAGAGUUGCGACGAGGGUUGGUGGUGAGACAAAGGAGAGGGGUAACGCAUCCCAUGAUCAGCGCAAUGAAAGGCCAGCCGUCCACCUCCGUAAGGGAAAGUGGCCCGAUGACUUCUUCGACGCAUUCCAGAUGCCAAACCCGGCUCGUUCAAGCAUCCUCGAUCCAGAUGAAAGCUUAUCUAGGGCAAGUCCUGUGUCAAUUUCCAAGUCUUCCCCUCGCAAGAUCGCUAUUGUUGGCGCCAAUCGCUUACAUGAUGAUGGUUCGCAGCCGCUGCCUCGACGACCCACGCACCGACCUAGGCACAGCAUUGAUACCCCGGGAUUACUGCCCAAGGAAGUCGCGUUGCGUCGAGAUGCCAGUCCGGACAGUUCGACAUCGAGGUCGCCUUCCGGGAGGGUUCUAUUGCGCAGGCACAGUACGAAGCCAGCUACUCCCACGCGAACGUCACUUGCACCCCGAAGUGACGAUGCUCCUGGUUCUCGAGGUUCUGAUGAUUCCCUCGUACCCUUCCCCCGCGAUCGAAGCACUGGCGUUUCAACCCCGACAUCUCCUGGUGGCGACAAUAUACUCCUAGAAAGGCCGCGUCUUCGUGGGAGGUUCCAAAGUGAGAUCGAGGGUGCAAGUGGUCGCAGAGGAAGGCCGAACUCUUACGACGAUGUGGCCGCCAGGCCAGCUCGUGGCAGGAUUGAGAGUAUGGUUAACCUUGGGGUUACAUCGGCUGCGACCAGUGCUAGCGAUCUGUUGGCCCGAAACUCGCUCGAUGGAAGUACGGGUCGGGCGCUCAUCGUGAAGGAAGCAGGGAAGCCCCCAACACACUUUCAACUGGGUAACUGCAUUGGCCGCGGCCAAUUUGGCUCUGUCUAUCGGGCGCUUAACCUCAACACCGGACAAAUGGUUGCUGUCAAGCGUAUCCGUUUGGAAGGCUUGAAGGAAGAGGAGGUCACGCAGCUCAUGCGGGAGGUUGAUCUCGUCAAGAGUCUCUCUCAUCCUAGCAUCGUCAAGUAUGAAGGAAUGGCCAGAGAUGAGGAUACACUAAGUAUCGUGCUUGAAUACGCAGAGAAUGGAUCUCUUGGCCAAACCCUCAAGGCCUUCGGUAAACUCAACGAGCGCCUUGUCGCAAGCUAUGUCGUCAAGAUCUUGGAAGGUUUGCACUACCUACACACCAGUGACGUAGUCCACUGCGAUCUCAAGGCUGCGAACAUCCUUACCACGAAGAACGGCAACGUCAAGCUUUCGGAUUUCGGAGUUUCUCUCAACCUUCGAGCGAUGGAGCGCGAGAUCAAGGAUGUGGCUGGAACGCCCAACUGGAUGGCGCCUGAGGUGAUCGAACUCAAGGGCGCCUCCAUCAAGUCGGACAUUUGGUCUUUGGGUUGCACUCAUGUCUGGUACGUCAAAGAAUUCCAUCGACGAUCCCUUCCUUGGUUUAAUCAUGAUGCAACAGUGAUGUUCCGUAUUGUCGAGGACGAUAUGCCCCCUCUACCUGAAGGUUGCUCAGAGCUGCUCGAAGAUUUCCUCAAGCAAUGCCUUCAGAAAGAUCCGAACAAUAGGCCUACUGCUGAACUUCUCUGCGAGCAUGAGUGGCUGAAGGCCAACUGGAUGGAGCUAAAGGAUUUGCGACCUCAAGAUAGCAUUCCGUUCCUUCGGCGUGUCAGCACGGAUAUGCAGAAGUCGGACGUCAGCCGUUACUUUAACCAGUUCGAGACUCCCGACUCUCCCGUAUCCGAAGGUUUCGUACGCGGUGACGCUGGGAGGGUUGCUCCUAUCAGUCGCCGCACAUCGAACCUUUCUGUUCGGCCGCCUCCUGAGAAUGACAUUUCACCAAGAGAACAUACCUUUGUCAAAACGACAUUCAGUAAACCCAUGAUGUGUCGAGUGUGUCUCUUGAAUGUCAAGAAGAGUGCUGUUCUUUGUGCCCAGUGCAGCCUUAUUUCUCAUGCCAAAUGCGCUGCCAGUGCUCCUCCAACAUGCGAUCUACGCGCUCAGCUUCUACUCUACGCGCAGUACGCGGAAAAGGGCAAUCCUUCAAGCGCUUACUCCAAUCCAAAGGAUCUCCUGGGGGAUACGAGGUUUCCGGUUGCCAUGUCGGAUGUCCCCUUCGUCUCUAGUCCGUCCAGCGCGAGGACUGAAACACCUCCGCCCUCGUCGCCCAUUGGCGUCGUCGGUGCGCAUUCGGAAUCACCGCCUACUGCGUUCAAGUUCAAGGCGGCUUUCAAGCGUUCCCGAUCCAACUUGACGCCCGAGCCGGCCAAGUCGCCUUCAUCGACGCCAGCACCGCAAGAACCCGGGCCGGAAGAACCUCGUCGUAGACGACCGACCCUACUCUCCAAGAGACCGGAGCGACCUCUGUCAGUCACGAGCGACAGUACCAACAUGAGCAGCCUCCGAAGUGCUGCUACUGCGGCAGAAAGCCUCAACUCUGGGUCAGGAAGUCGCAAUAGGUCAGCGUCUUCGUCGGGUGGUCGAGCUCAGAAGGGUUCUCGGUACACUGGAGGUCUUGCGUCCACUGCGGAAUCCGAACACAACAGAUCCUCUACGCAACUGAUUUCAGAACUAUCCACCUCUUCAGCAGGAGUUGCUAUGAGUUACCCAGGUCCUAUUACUCACCCCACAACUAGAACACUUGGCUCGCUUUCACCAGAUCCACGGCGUCAUAAACGAAACGCAAAGUCUGCUGGAAAUUGUGUUAUUCAGUAA